UCCUUGUUUGUGUCUGGACGUCCGAGUGCAGUUUAGAAAUGGAAAGCUGACAACAAUUUCAGAAAUCAUCUUUAUUCACUCAGAUUUCACUUGACUCUGCAGUGAUAUGAAGAAAACAUUUUUAUUCUUGUUAUUCUUAUUUUCUAUCGGUGUGGCCGUCAGUGAUACAGAUGAAGUGAAGUCAGUGUCAGUGAAUGAAGGAGAUACGGUCACUCUACAGACAGAUGCUGAACUACAGAAUGAUGAUCACAUACUGUGGCUGUUUUUAAGGAAAAACAUCCUCUUACUUCAAUUCAAUAGACUGACCAAUAAAAACUCAUUAUAUGACAGCGCUGAUGGGAGAUUCAGUGACAGACUGAAUAUAAACCAUCAGACUGGAGAUCUGACCAUCACAAACAUCAAAGCUGAACACACUGGACUUUAUCAAGUAGAGAUUAUCAACACUAGAAACCCUUCAUAUAAGAGAUUCAGUGUUACUGUCCAUGCUCAUCUACCCGUUCCUGUUAUUCGGUCUACACAAUGUACAUCAUCUGAACAAUUAUCCAGCUCAAACUGUUCAUUAUUAUGUUCAGUGUUAAAUGUGACAGAUGUGAGUCUGUCCUGGUACAAAGGAAACAGUUUAUUGUACAGCAUCAGUGUGUCUGAUCUCAACAUCAGACUCUCUCUACCUCUGGAGGUUGAAUAUCAGGAUACAAACACAUACAGCUGCGUGGUCACCAAUUCGACCAGCAAUCAGACUCAAGGUCUCAACAUCACUGAUGACUGUCGACCAUGUUCAGGGAAGCCAUCAGGUGUAAGUGAAGAAAAGGACUCACCCUCACAUCUUACAAUCCUGAUAAGUGUUGUUGUCUUUGGUCUUCUGAUCGUGGGUGCGGUGGUGAUCUUCUGCAUUUACAUGAAAUUUAGAAAAACAGAAGGUUUAUGUGGUGCUGAUGAAAUGAAGACAGUAAUAGAUGGAGUAAAGAACAUUACAGUAGAAUCCUUCACACUGGACACUGGUGUUACAGACAUACAAACAACUGAUCUGAUACAGUGGAAGUUUGGAGAAUUAGGCGACCGCCAGACCCACUUAAGAAAACUUAAGAAACAACUUUACAAAACUAACAUGGGAUAUAGAGACUGGUAA